AAAAGUAAAAAAUGAAAGGGCAGGUCAACUAAAAAGGAAAAAAUAAAAAUAAGGGAGAAAAAAAAAAUCUUACCAUCCUGGGAAUUUUUGUUUACAGAACCAAAGGCUAUCUGGUAAAAGUCCUUGACUCCAGCAAUCAAUCCUGGUAACAAGCCUGAGUUUAUCUCAUGCACACGUCCUCUGUUUCUCUGCAACACAUAUGAAGCCCUCAGAUGGCUUCCUAAGGACAGGAAGUUGUGGGGGUUUGUUUUUUCUGUUUAAAGCACUGAUUCUUAGCAGCACUACCCUGCAGUGAGACAGCAGAGUCAUCCACUGCUGCCAUCAAACCACAACUUACCAAGCUAAUGGUCAAAUUGCCCGUGUCCCACUAAUGUUAGUAAUAAAGCAGCUAACUACAAUUUUAGAUCAAUGGAAACCCCUUGCUUGACCAUAAACCCUGCGCUUCUGGGGACCAUUUGUACCUUUGCCAUUGUCAAAAACAAGUGAUUAGCAUGGCACCUGGCCCCAGUAACCACUGAUGUUUAAUUGAACAGACAUCCUUAGAGGAAAGGGGCCAUUAUCAUUUCAAUGUCACUGAAUUUGGUUUAAAAAUUGUGCUAAGAAGCCAGGCUCAUGGUGCCCCUGUAGUCUCAGUUGCUGGGGAGGCUGAGGGAGGAGGAUCCAUGGAGCCAAGGAGUUCAAGGCUGCAGUGUGCUAUGGAGUGCAUAUGAAUAGCCAUUGCACUCCAGCCUGGGCAAUAUAGCAAGACCCCACCUCUGAAUAAAGAAAAAUUGUGCUAAGAGAUUAUGGAAACAAGUUUAAGGAUGACUUCCCAACGAUACUAUUCCUUUUCCAGUCACUAGGAUUGUGGUUACUGGGAAAAGUUACACAGAUAAAAGCAAGUGCAGAAAUAAUAGAAGCCCAAAGUAUCAAGUCAAAGUAAGAUUGGAAUAGAAAAGUUGUGGUUUCCUUCAGAUCCUUGUUUAACACAGUAUUUUUUUUUAAAGAGCAACUUUUCCCUACCCCUCUUUUUAUCCUUCCCCUUUACAUUAUCCUCAGUGAUAGUGCUUGCUAAUUCUCAGGAGUCGACAACACUGCAGAAUGUUAAGGAGCUAGCAAACUCCGAACCUCUAAUUCCUAAGGCUGUGUCGAUGACAUGUAAUAUACCAUGUCUGUGACAUGUAAUAUACCAGUCCCUACAUGUCCCCUCCUUUGUCUAAAAGUGAAACUUUAGUAAAUGUUGACAUUUAAUUUUCCAGAGUGUUAAUGAGUAGUUUCUAAUUUUAAGCUCCUACCCCAUCUUAAUGUGAGAAUUAGUGAAAUAAAUCACAUUAAACCAUUUUUUAAUUUUGGGGGCAAAGACAGGAUGAAAACAUGAGGUAUUGCUACUUGAAUUGGUAAACAUCCGGGAGGCAGAUGUUGCAGUAAGCCGAGAUCACACCCCUGCACUCCAGCCAGGGUGACAGAGCAAGACUCUGUCUCAAAAUAAAUAAACAAAUAAAUAAAAAUAAAAAAUGAAAGGGCAAAAACCUUGUUUCUUGUUAAACCUUGUUUCUUGCAGGAGUUUUGAGGCCAAAGACCGUAAUAAAACAAACUCAGGAGCUUAUUUCAAGAGAAUACUGUCCCUGUCCCAUACCUGUCCUUACUACUUUGUUUUGUGUGCUGUUGUAAGCUCCUCAACCAUCUGACCAAGACAGUUUCAGCUAUUUGGCUUUAUCCAUUCUCAUUUAGUGUGCAAUGCUAUGGCUGCAACAUUGUGAAAUCAAUUCCAAGAAGUCACAAAGCAAGAAUUUGAUGUGAAGGGAUGUCCCUCAUUUAGAGUUCCCUUCAGGAUAAGAUACUGGAUGUUUCGUUGCAGGGAAUUCUAGAGAGAAAACAAUAGGAGGAUGAGGGAUUAUGAAGUUGUUUUUUUUUUUUCCCCCCUCUAAAGAAAACUAUCAAUAAAGGAACCCUGUUGACAGUGUAAAGCAGUGCUUCUCUCUGGGGCCAAGGCCAGAGCUGUGGACACCUUAUCCAACUCAUCCUCAUCCUCUUCCUCUGAUAACACCCGUACCAGUGCUGAUAACGUCUUUCUCAUGAGAGCCUAGAGGCCUUUAAAAAAAAAAAAAAAGUGCUUGAAAGAGAAGGGGACAAAGGAACACCAGUAUUAAGAAGAUUUUCCAGUGUGUUCCUGGCGGUUGGUCCAGAAGGAUGACUCCGUUUCUGCUUCUCAUCUGCCUCUUCAUCACAGGCACCUCCAUGUCGCCCGUGGCCCUAGAUCCUUGUUCUGCUUACAUCAGCCUGAAUGAGCCCUGGAGGAACACUGACCACCAAUUGGAUGAGUCUCAAGGUCCUCCUCUGUGUGACAACCAUGUGGAUGGGGAGUGGUACCGCUUCACGGGCAUGGCAGGAGAUGCUAUGCCCACAUUCUGCAUACCAGAAAACCACUGUGGAACCCACGCACCUGUCUGGCUCAAUGGCAGUCACCCCCUAGAAGGUGAUGGCAUUGUGCAACGCCAGGCUUGUGCCAGCUUCAAUGGGAACUGCUGCCUCUGGAAUACCACGGUGGAGGUCAAGUCUUGCCCCGGAGGCUACUAUGUGUAUCGUCUGACCAAGCCCAGUGUCUGCUUCCAUGUCUACUGUGGUCAUUUUUAUGACAUCUGCGACGAGGACUGCCAUGACAGCUGCUCAGAUACCAGCGAGUGCACCUGCGCUCCAGGAACCGUGCUAGGCCCUGACAGGCAGACAUGCUUUGAUGAAAAUGAAUGUGAGCAAAACAAUGGUGGCUGCAGUGAGAUCUGUGUGAACCUCAAAAACUCCUACCGCUGUGAGUGUGGGGUUGGCCGUGUGCUAAGAAGUGAUGGCAAGACUUGUGAAGACAUUGAAGGGUGCCACAAUAACAAUGGUGGCUGCAGCCACUCUUGCCUUGGAUCUGAGAGAGGCUACCAGUGCGAAUGUCCCCGGGGCCUGGUGCUGUCUGAGGAUAACCACACUUGCCAAGUCCCUGUGUUGUGCAAAUCGAAUGCCAUUGAAAUGAGCAUCCCCAGGGAGCUGGUUGGUGGCCUGGAACUCUUCCUGACCAACACCUCCUGCCGAGGAGUGUCCAACGGCACCCACGUCAACAUCCUGUUCUCUCUCAAGACGUGUGGUACAGUGGUCGAUGUGGUGAAUGACAAGAUCGUGGCCAGCAACCUUGUGACAGGUCUACCCAAGCAGACCCCGGGGAGCAGCGGGGACUUCAUCAUCCGAACCAGCAAGCUGCUGAUCCCGGUGACCUGCGAGUUUCCACGCCUGUACACCAUUUCUGAAGGAUACGUUCCCAACCUUCGAAACUCCCCACUGGAAAUCAUGAGCCGAAAUCAUGGGAUCUUCCCAUUCACUCUGGAGAUCUUCAAGGACGAUGAGUUUGAGGAACCUUACCGGGAAGCUUUGCCCACCCUCAAGCUUCGUGACUCCCUCUACUUUGGCAUCGAGCCCCUGGUGCACGUGAGCGGCUUGGAAAGCUUGGUGGAGAGCUGCUUUGCCACCCCCACCUCCAAGAUUGACGAGGUCCUGAAAUACUACCUCAUCCGGGAUGGCUGUGUUUCAGAUGACUCUGUAAAGCAGUACACAUCCCGGGAUCACCUAGCAAAGCACUUCCAGGUCCCCGUCUUCAAAUUUGUGGGCAAAAACCACAAGGAAGUGUUUCUGCACUGCCGGGUUCUUGUCUGUGGAGCGCUGGACGAGCGUUCCCGCUGUGCCCAGGGUUGCCACCGGCGUAUGCGUCGUGGGGCAGGAGGAGAGGACUCAGCCGGUCUACAGAGCCAGACGCUAACAGGUGGCCCAAUCCACAUCGACUGGGAGGACUAGUUUGUGGCCACACCUGUAUUGGGUCACCUGAGUCCCUGCGUUGGGCGGCUCUGCUCUUUGGAGCUUCUCCCUACACUCUCCAAGAACAUCGGCCAGCACCUAAGUUCAAGCUUCAUACUGUGAGUUCAGACUCCCAGCACCAACUCGCUCUGAUGGUGGUCCAUUGGGUCGGCACAGGCCACAGCACUGCUGAACAAUGUGGCCUGGGUGGGGUUUCAUCUUUCUAGGGCUGAAAGCUCAACAGCCCACCCAGAAAGAGACUCACCCUAUUUCCCUCAUUUCUUUCCUACAAUUAAAUACCUCGUGUAUGAUGCAAU